GGGAUUGAGAAUGUGCAACCAACAAUGCUAGGAUUACAAUGGGAAGUGUCACACUUCGCUAUUUCUGCUAUGGCUGCCUCUUCACUUCUGUGACUUGGACGCUUCUGCUUUUUAUUUAUUUCAACUUCAGCGAAGAGACCCAAUCUUUCAAGUAUGUGCCCAUCAAGGGGUUUGAACCUCAGAAGCCAUUUCCCAAGAAAUUCUAUCCCCGUUUUGUUCGUGGGUCAGUCCAUGAACCAGAACCUCAGCACAGAGACAACAAGAUCAGGAAUCCCUUAGGAAAUGCUGCAAAGAAUUCUAUCGAGGGUGAUACUGAAUUUUCUCCUGAAAUGGGAAUGAUUUUUAAUGAACAAGACCAGGAAGUAAGAGAUUUGGGCUAUCAAAAACAUGCCUUCAAUAUGCUCAUCAGUAACAGGCUGGGAUAUCACAGAGAUGUGCCAGACACAAGAGAUCCAAAGUGUAAGGAAAAGAGUUACCCUCCUGAUUUGCCACAUGCUAGCAUUGUAAUCUGUUUCUAUAACGAAGCAUUUUCUGCCUUGCUCCGGACAGUUCAUAGUGUCCUAAACCGCACUCCGUCAUAUCUUCUCCAUGAAAUUAUCUUGGUGGAUGACAACAGUGAAUUAGAUAACUUGAAAGAAGACUUGAAUGCUUAUAUAUCAAAAAACCUUCCAAACAACAUAAAACUAGUCAGAAAUGAGAAACGAGAAGGAUUAAUUCGAGGGCGAAUGAUAGGAGCCUCCCAUGCUACAGGGAAGGUGCUUGUGUUCCUGGACAGCCACUGUGAAGUGAACGAGCUGUGGCUCCAGCCUUUGCUGACGCCCAUCCAGGAAUCCCGCAAAACAGUGGUUUGCCCUGUCAUCGACAUAAUCAGCGCAGACACCCUUACCUACAGCUCCUCCCCAGUUGUCCGGGGAGGGUUCAACUGGGGCCUGCACUUCAAAUGGGAUCUUGUUCCUUUGUCUGAACUGGAAGGUUCCGAGGGAGCCACUUCUCCAAUCAAAUCACCUACAAUGGCAGGAGGCUUGUUUGCUAUGGACAGAGAAUACUUCAAUGAGCUUGGACAAUAUGAUAGCGGCAUGGACAUCUGGGGAGGUGAAAACCUGGAAAUAUCAUUUCGGAUCUGGAUGUGUGGGGGCAAACUUCUCAUUAUCCCAUGCUCCAGAGUGGGGCACAUCUUCCGUAAGCGCCGUCCUUAUGGCUCACCAGGUGGACGGGACACCAUGGCGCACAAUUCCUUACGUCUAGCACAUGUGUGGAUGGAUGACUAUAAGGAACAGUAUUUUGCCCUCAGGCCAGAACUAAGAAAUAGGAACUAUGGCAAUAUUACUGACCGUGUGGAGCUGAGGAAAAAACUGAACUGCAAGUCGUUUAAGUGGUACUUAGACAAUAUAUACCCAGAGAUGCAGAUUUCUGGACCGAACGCCAAGCCACAGCCUCCAGUCUUUGUUAAUCGAGGGCAGAAGCGACCCAAAACACUGCAGCGUGGACGGCUAUAUCACCUCCAAACAAAAAAAUGUCUGGUUGCCCAAGGUCAUCCAAGUCAGAAGGGUGGACCUGUUGUGGUCAAGGAGUGUGACUACAGUGAUCAAAAUCAGGUGUGGCUUUACAAUGAAGAUCACGAGCUGAUCUUAAACAAUCUGUUGUGCUUGGAUGUGUCUGAAACUCGCACUUCUGAUCCACCGCGCCUUAUGAAAUGCCAUGGAUCAGGAGGAUCUCAGCAGUGGGUGUUGGGGAAAAACAGUCGGCUCUAUCAGGUGUCCGUUGGGCAAUGCAUGAAGGUUGUCGACCCCCUUAGCAUCAAAGGAUAUGUGACCAUGGCCAUUUGUGAUGGCUCUCUUCCUCAGCAAUGGCGUCUUGAAAGCUGAGCGUCGACGGAGGUGUGUUUUCUCACUAGCAGUUAUUUGAACUGAGAAUUUUGAAAGCUUUCACUCCUACAGCUGCUAUUUCCAAUAGAGAAUAUUUUAAAGAAACUAUUUUUAAUGGCAGUUUGA